ACACUAGCUUCUCUGGAGCAGGAAGCCCCCUUCUCAAGGACAUGAAGCUGUUGGAGAACUCGAGCUUUGAAGCCAUCAACUCACAGCUGACUGUGGAGACUGGAGACGCCCACAUCAUCGGCAGGAUUGAGAGCUACUCAUGUAAGAUGGCAGGAGAUGACAAACACAUGUUCAAGCAGUUCUGCCAGGAGGGCCAGCCCCACGUGCUGGAGGCACUCUCUCCACCCCAGACUUCAGGCCUCAGCCCCAGUAGACUCAGCAAAAGCCAAGGCGGCGAGGACGAGGGCCCCCUCAGUGACAAGUGCAGCCGCAAGACCCUCUUCUACCUGAUUGCCACGCUCAAUGAGUCCUUCAGGCCUGACUAUGACUUCAGCACAGCCCGCAGCCAUGAGUUCAGCCGGGAGCCCAGCCUUAGCUGGGUGGUGAAUGCAGUCAACUGCAGUCUGUUCUCAGCUGUGCGGGAGGACUUCAAGGCCCUGAAACCACAGCUGUGGAACGCGGUGGAUGAGGAGAUCUGCCUGGCUGAAUGUGACAUCUACAGCUAUAACCCAGACUUGGACUCAGACCCCUUCGGGGAGGAUGGUAGCCUCUGGUCCUUCAACUACUUCUUCUACAAUAAGCGGCUCAAGCGAAUUGUUUUCUUCAGCUGCCGUUCCAUCAGUGGCUCCACCUACACGCCCUCAGAGGCAGGCAAUGAGCUGGACAUGGAGCUGGGGGAGGAGGAGUUAGAGGAAGAAAGCAGACGCGGAGGCAGUGAGGGUGGGGCCGAGGAGACCAACACCAUGGAGGAGGACAGGUGUGUGAUGGGGGCCAUGACCCGGGUCCCUGAAACCUGGAGUGGGUACAACAGGGUGGGGGCCUCCUCUACUUGGUCUAAGUGGUGGCUCCUGAAGGCCCACUGUGUGCCAACCUCCGCCCAGGGUCCCAGUGAUCUGUAUUUGAUGAGGAGGAGCCGAGGCCCCAGCUUCAUCCAGCUUCAACCAAUGCCUGGACCUGCCCGCCUGAGAGGCCCCUGGGGCCUCCCCAGCUGCUGGCCAGACCCUGGCGCUGCCACAGUCCUGGCACUGCCCAAGGCCAUACCUGCCUAGCCCUUUGGCUCCAUCCUGUGGAUGCCCACUCACCCCUCAGACUCCUGCUGCCCGUGCUGUGGCCGGACUUGGCAGCAGGGGCCCUGGUGGGAAGAGUGACUGCCCUGCCCAAAUGAACUGCCACAGCAGGGAGAGCUGGACCACAGAGUUUAUUUUUAUAUUUCUACUGGGCCUGCACACUCCAGCCCAAAGGGUCUGUGGCCAGAGGCCCCGCAAACAGGCCCCGGCGGUCACCAGCUCUGGUCUUGGGCCGGCCCCUGGUGCCCACCUGUACCCCCACCUCGCCCAUUUGGCCGCGUGCACUGAGUGUCACUUUGCUGCAGCUCAUUUCUUUCAAAUAAAAGUUUCUGUGACUUAG